AUGACGGACGAGGUAACGCCUGUAUACAGGGGAGGAUUAGUAGGGGAGGAAGUAGCCCACGUGCAGGCCUAAGGGAAAAAUGGUGGGCUGCACGCGGCUAAGGAGGAGGGGAAAAGUUUCAGAUGGGCGACAAUUUCCUUGUGGAAUUUCAUUCUUUGCAUCUCAUCCCAAUUCAAAAGCUAUUUACUAUUUUGGACCUUUGAAUGACUCUUUGAUCAUCUGGGCAACCUUAUUUUGCAACAAUAUUUUUGGGCAAACUAACUAUAUAUAAUGUAGAAUCUAACACGUGAAAAAAAUUAACAUGCCAUCAAUGGUAAAUGGUUUCUACUAAUAUACCAUUUAGAAAAUUUAUAAUAAGCGAUAAUGGUAAGAGUUCUGUUCUUCUAUGAAUUUUUCAACAUGGUAGUUUUUAAAAAAACAUAAUGUCUUAACUGUCAUACACUUACUAUAAUGUGUACUCCCGAGGGAAAUAGUAUAAUUGUAUAAAAAUUUUCCUCGAAAUUUCCAUCUACAAAUCAUCAACAAUCGGUUAUAUCGAAUGAGAUGCGCCCCAAAUCCUGAUGUGAUUUAAAAUGGCCUCGUAUGGUUUAAAAUGAAUUCCCUGGUUAGUUCUAACUCCUAAAAUUCACUUCAGGUUAACGAACUUGUAUUGCUGCAGUGUGUAAAUAUCAUAUGAGUCACGAUUUAGGAACAGUUACUAUUUUUAGGCAUGAAGGAUUAGGGUUAGGGUUAGGAUUAUAGUUUAAAAUACAAAAGAAUACAAAAGUCUAAAAUAGUAACUCUUCCUAAAACGUGACGGGUAUAUAUUCCCGGAAAGAGCAUACUAAAAUGAGUAAAAUUGCAAAGUUUGGUUGCGAAAUGUUGUAAAUUGCGGAAAAUAUAGGCCUUCAAAGUUCGCAAAUUUUGUAUACAUCCGUAUUGCGUGUGGAAAUUGCUAUUAUAAUAUAACAUGUAUAUAACGCGUGCCCUGAUUGGUCGAAACCCGUGUUUGGAUCAGGCCAUCCAAACACGGAAAUUUAAAGCGAAAUGUUGUAAAUUGCGGAAAAUAUAGCUUCAAAGUUCGCAAAUUUUGUAUACAUCCGUAUUGCGUGUGGAAAUUGCUAUUAUAAUAUAACAUGUAUAUAACGCGUGCCCUGAUUGGUCGAAACCCGUGUUUGGAUCAGGCCAUCCAAACACGGAAAUUUAAAGUGAAAGUUUUUUAAAGUGAAAUUUUAACACAGAAAGUUGUUAUUUUAUAAAACAAUUACUUUAUGGUUUCCGUGUUUGGAUGGCCUGAUCCAAACACGCGGGAAUGUUGCGAGAGUUAAGAAAAGCGGGCGAAACACGAGCCGAAGGCGAGUGAUUUUGCGCGCUUUUCUUAACUCGAGCAACAUUCCCAAGUGGGCCGAAACAUUCCCAAGUGGGCCGAAAAUGGUAGCAAUUUCCUCACGCAAUACAAAAGUAUACAAAAUUUGCAAACUUUACAAGGCCAUAUUUUCCGCAUUUUACAACAUUUCGCAACCAAACUUUGCAAUUUUACUCAUUUUAGUAUGCUCUUUCUAGCUGUGGUAAUUUAUUUGCAUCUCCUUGUCUAGUUUUAAAAUUAGUCUAUAAUGGGAAUUUGUGCACUCUUUUCAUGAAUGUUGAGAGUUUUCGCUGCACGCGCGGUAAUAUCCAUUCAACUCAUGCAACUCUUGUUCUCGUUUGACCGGGGCAUGAGAGUUGAGAAAAAUCUCAUGUAAACUCUCGCUUCUCAACUCUCUGACCAGGACUUUUGAUAGAUUUCACUCACCAAAGACGUGACGGUUCUGAGUGAUUAUAUUAUAUUUACUUUUACUUCAAUUGAUUUUAGCCCUUUGCUGUCGAGGUUUCCACGAGAACUGUCUCGUGUUUGUCCAAACAAAACUACUAGCUCAUCGUCUGAGAAUAUUUCUUGGUCUGCUCGGUGUGAAUGCAGAAGAACUUCAUGGUAACCUCACGCAAUUACAGGUGAGUACAGUGAGCUCCAUAUAUAGUCUGGAGUGAGAUCUUCAAAAGUGAAGCCAAGAUGGCAGCCAUUAACGCCCAAUAGCUCUGAAGGUCGUAAACAGCUUUUAUACCAUUUUCCCAAGCUAAUAGACCUUUCCCCUUAAUAACCAAAAUUUUGAUCUAGGCAAGUCUAGACAAAAAUUUCAUCACAGCUUGAAAGAGCAUCACAAAAUUUGUAAUAUUCCAAAGUUUCGUUGCGAAAUGUUGUAAAAUGAGGAAAAUAGAGCCUUGCAAGUUUGCAAUUUUCAGUCAUUUUGCAUUACAAACGGGAAAUUGCAGCCCCAACACCCGAAUCGGAUGUCAAUUUCCCGUUUGUAAUACAAAAUGACUGAAAAACGGCAAACUUCGCAAGGCUAUAUUAUCCGCAUUUUACAACAUUUUGCAACGAAACUUUGGAAUAUUACUAAUUUUGUGAUGCUCUUUCAAGUUGUGAUGAAAUUUUUGUUUAGAUCGAAAUUUUAGUUAUAAGGGGAAAGGUCCAUUCCACGGACCUUAAAGCUAACCAAGUUAUCCGUUGAUAAAAUCGUACUGUUACUCUUUAAAUCGAUGUCAAAAUACGAAAUUUCGGCACACUCCUUGCCAAGAUGGCGUCAGUUCCAGUCCCUUUCUAUUCUUUUUGACUGCGCGGUUAACACGAAGCUGGCUUCACUUUUUGGACUCGAGUUCUCACUCCAGAUAUAUACGCAGCUCACUGGCAGAGUGUAGCAACUAAUACUAAGAUUUUCAUCACUGUCUCUUUCUGUCGCUUGCAGAGACUUGAAGCGCUGAACAAAUUCAAGAAAAGGGAGGUUGAUGUUUUGGUCGCAACAGAUCUUGCAUCUCGUGGCUUGGACGUGGUCGGUGUCAAAACGGUAAAAUUAAAUGUAUAUUUAUUUAUUUAAAGGUGCUCUACAGCCCGAUCUGCGCAUGUGCACAAGGGAGCCCACUUUUUAUGAUACAAACAGUUUAACUAUGUUUUGGGUUCUUGAAAAGCCUGAUUGUUGUUUCUUGAUAAUUUAUUGUACUCUAGAAGCUUGAAAAUAUAAAUAGUUGUCGAAUAAAACUCAAUAUUUUGGACACAAAAAUGUAAACAAAGGCUUUGUUUACAUACGGACUGUAGAGCACCUUUAAUGAAUCGCGAUACAUACAUAGUAUUAUUAUCAUAUAUACAUACAUUCAUACAUAAUUCAGCUCACUUCCCAUCGGCGCUUUUCAGUGAUCGAUUACAUCAAGUACACACGUAAAAACGUGCACAUUGUUACAUAUCUGCAAACGAGUUGUUACAAGAUUGUUGUCAUGCCGAUAUUAGAAUGUGUUUGCACUGCUUGUUCCCAGUUGUUACAAGGUUAAUGACGGCAUGGAUAAUAAAAUAAAUGGAUAGGACUCUCGCUGACGUAAGCAAAAACAACCUAGUUGCAAUCUGUGACGUCACGCGCAUUGCAAAGUUCUCUGCAUUUUUGUUGUUUCGCUAUAUUUUCCGCCUUAAAAGAGCAAUAUUGAAGCAUAAACCGGUCUAUAAUUGUUUGAAAAACAUGCCUAAGCCACGACAAAAUAUUCAAGGUAAAUGUUUUUCGUCUUUGUUUUGUAUUUUUUUACAUUUGUAGCUACGAAAUUGGCGUCCCCAAUUUUAACGAAAUUUGGGAUGCCUUUUUCACUGUUCAGUGCUUGAUAUAUUUGCUAAAAUAGUUAUAUUCAUUUGCUCUUUGACUAAAAUGUUUAGCUGUAUUAUUGCUAAACAUGCCGUUUUUGAGAAUUUGGUUUGCAACUAGGUUUGAACAUCCAACCACGCCAUCAGCCCAUUGAAAACAUUAGGUCACGUCAGCUAGUUUCCUAUCCAUUUAUUUUAUUAUCCAUGAUGACGGUAACAGACUUGCUACUUGUUGUUCCAAGAAGACUAAUACAGGCUGUUCGCAACAAGUUACUACCAUGUCAGACCGGUUAGACAAAUGGUCGCGAGUCUGUUGCCCUCGGCAACCUUGUUACAAGAUGAUAACAACUUGUUCCAGACUUGUCAACAACUGGGAACAAACAAUGCGAACACAUCUUGUUGACAAGCUGUGCAUGGGAUGUUUACGCAUGUAAAAGCAAUCUUGUCUCCGCUAGAAUGACGUUUGGAUUUGAUAAUUUUUAUUUCUAUCUUUGAUUUCAGGUGAUCAAUUAUUCUAUGCCAAACUCCGUUAAACAAUAUAUUCAUCGUGUUGGUCGGACUGCGAGGGCUGGACUUUCUGGCAGGUAGACCGGAGUUUAUUUUAUCACCAGGCUAGAUGCUAUUUACAGUAUUGGAUACCAUGUGACAGUAGGCCUAUUUGCAGGCCUGAUAAUCUGUUUAUUCCUGGAGCAAAAAACCUAAAAAAUCUGUUCUUUCAGAUCGAUCAGCCUAGUUGGCGAAGGUGAACGAAAUUACUAAAAGAGAUUGUCAAGCAGGCGAGGUGCGUGCCUUCCAAGAAGACAUUCAGGAAAUCUUGAAACAAGAACGAGAGGACAAAGAGGUAGGAUAUAUCAUCGUCAGAAUCACUGACACCUGUGUAGGUAGUCUACAAUAAACCAGUUUCAGUCUACAAUAAAUCAGUUUCUACAAUAAACCAGUUUCAUAUUAUUCUGACACUGCAAUCGAGCAACGAAAAAUUCGUUGGCUCGAGCGGAAUUUGAUAGCUCAAUGGGUAGAGCGGCGGUCUAGAUACCCGAAGAUGCAAGUUCAAAUCCUGCUCGAGCCAACGAAUUUUUCGUUGCUCGAUUGCAGUGUCAGAAUAAUAUGAAACUGAUUUUUCGUAUCUCUGCAUGAGGAUGAUUCUGAAAUAGUCUACAAUAAGCUGCCUUGGUUUGUGUCUGAACUAUCUGUUUACCAAAUAGCGGGAUCCAGUGUAGAGAAUGCAGAUGGACAUGCAUUCAACUCUGAAAAAACAAGUAAAACUUCGACAUUUCGAGCGAAGGCCCUUCGUCGGGAAUUUAAGUAGGACUAAGGUCUUCGUCGUAGUUUGACUUGUAUUUUUUCAGGUAGUUGAAUCCAUAUACAUCUGCAUUCUCCUGUGUUUUUGAUAUGCUACCUACGCUGGAACAGAUCGUUCGAGUUUAUAUACUUUCACUGAAUUCAGUACGAAAAUCGGCAUCAUUUCAUGUAGAAAUUUCAUAAUUUUUUGGUUGACUGUUUUUUAAGUCCGGCUUUACCGUGACCCUGAGAAACUAGAGGAAGUGGUCUUUCAGAAUAGGCAAAUUUUAUAAACAUUUUGAACAUCGUAAAAAGCAAAGUUAUUUGACGAGUGAAAAACAAAGUUCAGAAUAACUCUCGCGGCGAAACACCAGCAAACGUUUGUUUGACUGUCUGUUUGUUUGGUAGAGGAAGCAAGUGCAACCCACCCCCUCCCCUGUAAUGCCCCCUCCCCCCUCCAUGGUAAUAGACACUCGCGUUAACCGUUGUGAUACAAAGUUUGUUUGUUGUUUUUUUAAGCUCAGAAUAACGGAGAUGGAGGCAAACAAAGCGAGAAAUAUGAUCAUCCAUCGAGAUGAAAUCCAAAGCCGUCCUCCCAGAGUGUGGUUUCAAAACGAAACUGGUAAUAACAAAAAAAUAUGCAUUAUUAAUAAGCUUUAGGGCUGAAUGGCAAAUCAAAUACAACAAAAAUAGCCAUCGUUGCCCAUGUCAUAAAAAUUGUUCGACGAUGUUUUCACAUCAGGGAACCUCAUAUAUAUCUGGAGAGAGAACUCCUAUACGAUUCGUAUCCUGGCGUAUGUACUUGAACAAAUGCGUGUAAAGAUGCAGUGAACUCUAUAAGGGAGAAUGGGAAUAUUUUCCCAAUGAACCGCGCAAAGUAAAAAUGACGCAAUUUAAAAUGAAUUUGCGAAAGUCUAAGGAAACUCUAAAAGAAACUCUUUUAGGGAAAGCUAAGGAAGGAAAGACCAGUUCAAAGAAAAGUCGAAAGGAGGAAAAACUGAAGAAAGAGAAGGUGAUUAAACAACUAAUGUAUCAGAGUGCGAUAAUUCGCGUACUUAAGUACCAUUUCCACUCAAGAAAAAUUUCCACGGACAGAAAAUGUUCCAAGAAUAUCAUUGUCCACGUUUUCCCAGUACAGUAAGUGCCUACGUGCCGGUUUCGCCAUUCUGGCAUGUAAACAAUUGUGAUUUCUUUCAGAAAUUGGAACCUGAUGAGUUGAAAGCAAAACAGUUUCAAGAAUUUCUGAGACGAGACGAGAAACGUAAAAACAGAAAGAAACGUCUUCAUGCUUUCCCGUCUGAUGACAAAGAUGGUUAGUUUGACUUUUAACCUUCAUCUUGCGGCUUUAGGUGCAGUCGAGUGCUAACGAUGUGAGGACCGACUUCCAUUCAGUGCAAAAUGUCGCGAGAUCAACUUUUUGCGAUCACUUUCUUUUGAAAUGUGUUCAGUCAACCUGAUCCGUUGCGUUUGAUUGCUUGUAUUUCAAAAGAAAGUGAUCGCAAAAUGUCGAUCGCUCGACAUUUUGCACUUAUGGACGAGUUGUAAGCACUAAUAUGAUAAAAUGACUUGUCUUUCACAGAUUCAUCUCGCAAAACAACCAAGAAACGCAAAAAGGCAACUGGAAAAUCUGAAGGCAGUAAAGCUUUUGAAAAAGAACUCACUGACACCAGUCGGAAAGCUUUGAGCGAGUUUCGCAGUUUGUAAGUAUAUGGAAAAUGACUUACAUAAAGACUGAAACAGAUAAUAAGACUGAGUAGAGGACCCCAGUUUGGGUCCCCAGAGUAAGAUUUAGGCCAAUCAGGGUAAAGUCAGGGCCCAGUCUGAGCCACUAGGGAGCUUAAGAUACACCAAAUCUACGAGGCGGACGUGACGAAAAACUGACGCUAUUAUCACAGUUUUGCCUCACGGGUAAAAACUAUGGAUGGCUGUUGGAAACCAAAGCCUAGGACACGAGAAAAACAUAGUAAACCUAGUCUCCAAUUAUUAGCGACUGUUUUUUAGUCGCGUCCGUGUCGCAGAUUUGGUGCAUCUUAAGCUCGCUAUUAACUAGUGGGGUCCCCCGCCCCUGCCGAGUGUAUUUGUUAAAACAUGCAUUGUGUUGUUCUGAACACCUGUUACUUUUAUUGCUUUCAGUUCUUCAAAUGUCAACAAGUCUACAGGAGGAAAAUUUAAAUCAAAGAAGAAGUAAGAAUUAUUUAAUUUGAAAUUUUACGCAAAUGAAAGGAAUAUAUUUAUAUACAUUAAAGUCAAAAUUGAAUAAGUAAAAUACGACUUUACUCAGUUCUACAUUGGAGUAAGCUGUAUCAUGUAUGGGUAAAUAUCAAAAUUUUGGGCAUCUACACUCGAUAUAACUAAUUGUUGAAGGGAUUUGGAGAUUAAAUUUUGAGUGGAAUUUUUAUAGACCUAACCAGAACCACUCAGUAUUUUAAGAAAAUACAAAAUAACAGUAACUAUACGAAUAACAUUUUGAUUUUUAAUCGACGUUUCGACUAGUUUGUAGUCAUCCUCAGGAUUAAUUUUUAAUCGACGUUUCGACUACAAUCACUUUCAGAAGUUGUUGGGACACAUGUAGUUUUGGCUUGUAAGUGGAUCAUUAUAGUUUUUUACACACAAUACCGCUCCCAUCCCCCUCCCCCCACCCCAAUCAAUGUUGUUUAAACCAAAACACAUCAAACCCGACGAGAAACGGGACACAACAUUGAACAGGGGGCGGGGGGGGGGGAUUGUCGUUUGUUGAAAUUCAAAGGUUUUGUGGCAUCUGUCCCAAGACUUUUGAAACUGAUUGUAGUUUGUAGUCAUCCUGAGGAUGACUACAAACUAGUCGAAACGUCGAUUAAAAAUUAAAAUGUUAUUCGGAGUUACUGUUAUUUUGUAUUAAUCAGGAACAGUCGCGAAAAAUACAACUAUCUGCUAUGAAUGUCCAAAAUCCUGAUAUUUACUCGUAUACCUUAGAUCUGUAGCUCAGUUCCAGGUGAUCUGACGGUGAAAAAAAGAACUGGGACUAGCAACAGAGUAGAAAUCCAGUUCGGUGCCUUGAAUCACUUGUCACGUCCUGAUUCUUUUGUGAAACUGUUUGAAACUUUGUGUCUGUGUCUUGCACAGGGAAGUGAAUAUCUGGGACAAAUUUGAGAUAGAAAUCUUAUACCGUUAAUGAGAUAUUGAGUAAUUUGAAACCACAAAUGGAUUUCUAUUUCACAACUAGUACCAGGCCUUUUCUGAGUUCCGAGAUCACCUGGUGUAACGAGAGCUGCACCGGAAUCGCAGGCACAGAAUAAGGUACACAGAAGGUCGACUCGAGUAACGCUGCCACGCCAUGAUUCAUCAUCAAAAUGCUGACGCCAUGGUCCUAGCCAGUGCGCGUUUAAGAGGCAUUCCCCCCCUGGACAUCCGCCAUUUUGAAUGAUAUCAGGGGGGUGAAUGCCUCUCAGACGCGCACUGGCUAGGACCAUGGCGUCAGCAUUGGAUGACGAAUCACGAGUUACGCCAAAAUCAUAGGAAAAUCAUAGGAAAAUCAUAGGAAAAUCAUAGGAAAAUCAUAGGAAAAUCAUAGGAAAAACGAAGAAGUCGGCCUUCUGUGUACCUUAUUCUGUGUCGCAGGGCCGCAGGUUAGAUUCCUAUAGUUGCAUUUUUUCUGUUCAGGUCGAAUAAAUCAAUAAGUGUAUAAAAAUGCCACUCGAAAUUUUCAUCUAUAGACCCCUUCAAUAUGUCUGCGGACGUUAGGGGGCAAUGUAGCAACGUUUCCUCCAUAUAGUCUGAGGGGUUUGCUCCAAAUUUAUAUAUAGGUUAUCAUAUAAGGGAUGAGGUGAUAUCAGUUUUAUCGCUCGAGGGAUGAUAUCACAAUUGUCACGAGCGAGCGAGGGACAAUUGUGAUAUCGUCCCGAGAGCGAUAAAACUGAUAUCACCGAAUCCCGAGUACGAUAACCUAUUUAUUAUAUACUUGUACCUUUAUCAGGGUUUGACACUCAAAAGUAAACAGUUUUGAAAAAAUAGGAUCAUUUUGGAAUUCAAAACAAUUCAUCAUUUACUGAACAAAUAUGAUUUUAGAAAAUAAAUAGACCAUUCAUGUAAAUAAUAUACAAUUUAAGUCUUUCGUUUUGUAUUAUCGUUCUUGAUAAACUGUCGACAUCAACCAACACGAACCUCGAGUCGGCCAUCUUUGUUUUGACAAGGCGCGAAAUUUAGCGGGACAAAAAACGAUAUCCGGGACAAGAAACGAUAUCCGGGACAAAAACGAUAUCCGGGACGAUAUCGUUUUUAUGUCCCGCUGCUUCCUACCUGAUAAAGGUACAAGUAUGUGAUAAUAUCAUUUAUCUCUGGAGAUACAGACAUUGAUAUGUAGGUUGACUCCAAGACUACGUGAGGGGACUACAGUUGACUACGCGCUUCUAAACCUGUGGUGAAUGUAUGUUUGUGAUGUUGUCUCUGAGUGAGUCCACACCGGGCAAGUUGAAAAGUUUACUUGACCGCGGUGGGAAUCGAACCCGCAACCAUUUGUUUGCUAGUCCAAAGGUCUACCAACUGAGCUACGAGGUCAAGUCGGUUCGAUUUGAUGCAUGAUAUUUCGGAACUCAGUCUAGUUCCUGAUGGGUAACUUAAUGUUCCUGGUUAAACUAACCAGGACUGUGGUUAAUCCGUGUUUUUCAAUUUUUAACCAUGAGGGUGUUUUUCGAGCACAUCAGUUUCAUUCUCGUCCCCAGGCUACUAGUUUUGGUUCGCGUGGUGGUUUGUAGACCUCCAUGCCUACCCACAUUCAAGGAUUAGCUAUAACUCCACGAAAAUGGAAUCCACAGGCAUAACUGUAUUAAACUUCUUUCAAUUUCUAGAUUUAAAAGGAG